CGACCCACGGCGCGACUAUGACCAAAAGUUUAAACGAAACGCAACAACCACCGCUUCUCUCUCUGCGGACCAAAAUACAGACACGUUCCCCUUCUCUCUCUCUCUCUGCCCAUUCACAUGGUGCACAUGCACACACACUCACCUUCACUUAAAAACCCUAAACCCUAAAUCAUUGAGAUCCAACCCAAUCUCAAUGCUCUGAAAUUCAGCCUCAAAUACUGAGAAGAUGCGGAUUCCGAGCAAUCGCGACUUCACGAGAAUAACGCCCUCUGCUUUCAGUUAUCACCGUUUCAAAUCCUACGUUUCAGACUGCAGAGCUGUGCUUCUUCCCUCCUUCGGUGGGCCCCACCUGCUUGAGCUUCGGUCGAACGUGCAAGUCCCACAACUGAAGCCGCACGAAGUCCUCGUACACACGCGCGCGGUUUCCGUCAACCCCUUGGAUACUCGUAUGCGUGCCGGUUACGGGCGUUCCAUUUUCGAGAGAUUGUUGCCUCUCAUUUUGGGGCGCGACAUCAGUGGUGAGGUUGCGGCCGUUGGGGCUUCGGUGACGUCGGUGAGUGUGGGAGAACAGGUUUUUGGGGCUCUGCAUCCCACUGCUGUAAGGGGCACUUACACGGACUAUGCGAUUCUCUCAGAGGAUGAGGUUACUCCGAAGCCAGAUUCACUUACUCAUGUGGAAGCUAGUGCCAUUCCUUUUGCUGCAUUGACCGCUUGGCGUGGACUAAAAUGUACAGCAAGAAUAAGUGAGGGACAAAGGAUAUUAGUAGUGGGAGGUGGAGGAGCAGUAGGGUUGGCUGCCAUUCAACUUGCAGUAGCUGCUGGAUGCUCUGUUGUAACUACUUGUGGAAGUCAAAGCGUAGAGAGAUUGUUAGCUGCCGGUGCAGAGCAAGCUGUUGACUAUGUUGCUGAGGAUGUUGAAUUGGCUGUAAAAGGGAAGUUUGAUGCUGUUUUGGAUACUAUUGGUGUGUCAGAGACAGAACGUAUAGGCAUUAAUUUUCUGAAACGAGGUGGACAUUACAUGACCCUUCAGGGGGAGGCAGCAUCAUUGGCUGAUAGGUAUGGACUUGCUAUUGGGCUUCCAGCAGCUACAGCUCUUUUAUUGAAUAAACAGCUUCUAUACCGGUGCACUCGUGGAAUAGAAUACUCAUGGACAUACAUGAGGGCUGACUCAGACGGUUUAAAUGAGAUUCGAAAGCUAUGUGAAGCUGGGAAGAUGAAGAUACCUGUGCAUACAACGUUUCCCAUAACACAAGUAAAAGAGGCCCAUGAGGCAAAAGACAAGAAGCUCAUUCCAGGUAAAAUAGUUCUGGAAUUUGAUUGACCUCACGAAGCUGAUGACAGCCGCUUAAACUAGGUUUUUCCCCUUCAUUCUAGGGUUCUCUUUUCAAUGAAAUGUUCCACAUUUAAUUGACAAAUUGAUAGUUUUUUUUUUCUGGGUUUUCACUAUAUGAUAAAAAGUGGGAACUCUGUAAAUUUUUUAUUCAGAAUAUAUCCGGUCAUAAAAGUCUGUAAAUUGAUAAGUUUGUGACACAUGACGACCUUUCUUUACCUUUACAACUGUUAAAGUUUUAGUCA